AGUCUCACUAAGUCCGUGGCUGGCUCACUCGACCUCGCUCCUUCUCCUUCUAUCUCUCUCUCUCUCUCUCUCUCUCUUGCUCGCUUGACGCUCGCCGAUCAGUAGAUCAGCUGAAGCUGCACUACCCCCGACGCUAACCUAUCCACGUGUAGUUUUUCCAUAGUUCAAGAAUAACCAAAACUUCUUCGCCACCACGAUCCGGUCUUCCACGAUCCGGAAGUCCGACGAGCGCAUUAGAGGCCGAGCGAGCGGAGCCAUCGACUUGUUUGAUAAUGGCCGUGAUUGUUUGCCGUUGAAAAAGCCAGUUUCGCUGCGGUGCCGUAGUCGAGAGAGAGAGAGAGAGAGAGAGAGAGAGAGAGAGAGAGAGGGAGAGAGAGAGAGAGAGCGUGAUAUAUAGGGCCGUGAUAAAAUGGAUUAACUCUCGGAGCCAGCUCGGAGCUCGCAUCUACUGCCUGACCGAGUGCAGCAUAUAUAGUUGUGUGUUGGCUUCGUGUCUUCGUCAAAGGCUUGCUCCGAAAAGAGCUUCUCAUCGUAUACACGGCUCGCUUUUCCGAGUGCAGCGGUAUGUCGGCAUGAAAUCAACCGGCGUUUUCUCAAACCACAUUUGAAGGAGGGAAAGCGGGAAGGAACGCGAAAAUUCGGCGUAAGCACCGGAAUAGCGAACGUAACGGACUUUGGAUCAAUCAUUAGACGUAACUCAGAAGGAGAAUUUUCAGGACUCAGUCAUCAGCAGCUAUUUAGUCAGUCAUUCAACGCGUUACCAACGGCAACUCAUUUCAAGUUCCACGACGCGCUUUGAAGAAUCAAGUCUCACAAUAUCGCUCCGAUAUUAAAAGUUGCUGGUCGACGUGCAACAACGGUAGCUACGGCGUGAUUGUAGCUUAUUUAUCUUAUAGAAACGAGGUAUCAAAAAGGAGCCAUGAAAAAGGAAUAAUAAGAGAAAAUUUUCAAAGCGCCAUUUUUGUCGUCCUUUCAAACAUCAGCUUGCAGCUGAGGCUCAGCAACUUGGCAAGGAACAACAAAAAUCAAUGUGCGAUGAAAUGGCUACUAUAGAAACUCAACAUGAUUCGGAUUCUUCUGCAGUCGAUGCACUUGAUGAUGAGUCAUCUAUCUCCUUACAGACAAGCUCGAAUUUGGUUAAUUCUAAUUUUGAAGAUAUGCUAGAUAUGUCAGCAUCUGACACUGUUCGUUUUAGCGGACAUACAUUGGACAAAGCUACGAAAGCGAAAGUUACUUUAGAGAAUUAUUACAGUAAUCUCAUUGCGCAGCAUAUUGAACGAAAGCAGCGAUUGGAAAAGUUGGAAGAAUCUCUGAAAGAUGAAGCACUCACGGAACAGCAGAAACACGAGAAAAGACUUCAGCAUGCACAAAAGGAAACAGAAUUUCUUCGAUUAAAGCGUUCAAGACUAGGCGUAGAAGAUUUUGAACCUCUGAAAGUCAUCGGAAGAGGCGCAUUUGGUGAAGUGAGAUUGGUCCAGAAGAAAGACACGGGCCAUGUGUACGCCAUGAAAAUCCUCCGAAAGGCUGUUAUGCUCGAAAAGGAACAAGUUGCGCAUGUGCGCGCAGAGCGAGAUAUUCUAGUUGAAGCCGAUCAUCAAUGGGUAGUGAAAAUGUUUUACAGUUUUCAAGAUCCCAUCAACUUGUAUCUGAUAAUGGAGUUCUUACCCGGAGGUGACAUGAUGACUUUGCUCAUGAAGAAGGAUACUUUGUCAGAAGAAUGUACUCAGUUUUAUAUUUCCGAAACAGCUCUAGCUAUAGAUUCCAUUCAUAAACUUGGGUUUAUCCAUAGAGACAUAAAGCCUGAUAAUCUCCUGUUGGAUGCGCGAGGACAUAUUAAAUUGUCCGAUUUCGGACUGUGCACUGGUUUGAAGAAAUCCCACAGAACAGAUUUUUAUAGAGAUCUCAGUCAAGCCAAACCUUCGGACUUUAUGGCUUCGUGCAGCAGCGAAAGUAGCAGUGCUAUGGACAGCAAACGAAGAGCUGAGAGUUGGAAGAGGAACCGACGAGCUCUAGCCUACAGUACAGUGGGAACGCCAGACUACAUUGCCCCGGAAGUUUUCCUUCAGACCGGCUACGGUCCGACUUGCGAUUUUUGGUCUCUCGGCGUGAUAAUGUACGAAAUGCUGAUAGGCUACCCGCCAUUCUGCAGCGAGAAUCCUCAGGAAACUUAUAAGAAAGUGAUGAAUUGGCGAGAAACCUUAGUCUUUCCUCCGGAAGUACCGAUAAGCGAAGAAGCUAAAGACACCAUAAUCAAAUUCUGCUGCGAAGCUGACAGACGCUUGGGAGCCCAAAAGGGCAUCGAAGAAUUGAAAAUAACUUCCUUCUUCCGCGGAGUCGAUUGGGAUCACAUAAGGGAAAGGCCAGCAGCUAUACCAGUAGAAGUGAGAUCGAUAGAUGAUACGUCCAAUUUCGAUGAUUUCCCCGAUGUCAAGCUGGAAAUAACAUCGGCGCCGACAUCGCAAGACGGGGAAGUUAUCUAUAAAGAUUGGGUAUUCAUAAAUUAUACAUUCAAGAGAUUCGAAGGGUUGACUCAGCGUGGCGCAGCGAAUAAAAAGUAAUAGCCAGUAACGAGUUUACGAGAAGACAAGCAAACACAGAUUAUAAACGAUUGUAAUAAAUAUGUAAAUUAAUAUUGAACUAGGGUUCGAUUUUGCGCGCGUUAAACGCGCACGUUAACUUUUGAUGUUGUAUUUAUAGUGUGUAUCUAAAUAAUUUACCGAAUAAAAGAAUAAUUUUUCAAAUUCA